UUCGUGCCAUCGUCGCCGUUUCGCUGUUGCCGAGUUUAUUUUUUUUUAGUGUUUUUUGUGUGUUUUCUUUUAAAAAACCGACUCGUCUGCUUCGGUGUCUCAGCCCCAGCAAGUACCUGCUGUCCAUUCUUCUUCGCGGAUGAAAACACACCACCCACAAAAUGGAAACUGGGAAGAGUAGUUAACGUGCAUCCUGGUAAGGACGGGAUCAUAAGAGUAGUAACAAUGCGCCUCGGAUCCGGGGCAGAAAGCAGAAUUGAAGCGUCCUACAGUCAAGUUAUGCCUAUUACCAACCGAAGCGGACUCUAUGUUGGUUGAAACCUCAGGUGUUCGACGGGGGGAGGAUGUCCAAGCCAACGAAUAAAAUAUUCACAAUUAUUAUAUUACCUCGGACCACCACUCCGCCACCGACCGGCAUACACACGACAUAUUAAUUUUAUUGUCUAAUUGAAUUAUUAUAUUAUUAUAUUUACCUGCUGUACUAUAUUAUUGUUAUCUAUUACGUAAAACGGCACGGCCGCCGACGACGAGCCGGUCCAUGUAUAAUUACCACAGCCGCCUAAGUCGGCAGUCCGUUAAUUACCGUUAACGCGAAAGCAGCGCAAAUCGUUCUUUUUAUUAUAUUAUGCGUUGCAGGCGCGAAUCGCCUUGCAAGUUGUAAAUAUCAAAUUAUAUUGUUUCAUAUAUCGUGAUCUGGCUCGAACAGCCGGUUAUUUUAUUAUUGCUUUAGAUAAUAUUAAAUUAAAUUGUUAGCGCCGGUUCUAAUAGCCGUUUGCAUAUUAUUAUUAUUUGUCUAGAUACACCGCGUCGUUAUUUCACAUAAUACUAUUAUGUUAUAAUGUCACGACUCACGAGUGCGAUUUAUUUAUUUAUUUUUUUUUUUGUACUGUUAUAUUAUUAUUAUUUAGCCACAAGCGCUGUAUCUAGCUAUUGCCAUUUAAAUAUUAUUGUCUGGCUCGAAUAGCCAGUUAUUUUAUUAUUGUUAACUCAUUAUUGUUGUGCACUUAUCAUAAAAUUAUUAUACAGGCACAGGUGGUAGCGGCUGGCCAGCAAAGCACCGACAAUCUAUUUAUCGUCCUUUGAAUUUUCCUGCUUUGAAUAUAGUCAUGGACCAAGGACCCUCAACUAGUAUAGCAGGCCAAGAUUUUGGAGGUUUUGUUGAUGAACCCGUGAGCGAAUCUCAGCCUCUACCGAUUACCGGUAACUCAAACGAUGAACAAACAAAUCCGCGACCUGGGUUUACCGCACUGACGCUUGACGACGUCAAUAAAAUGAAGCCGGUCGAGGUUGACGUUGAUAGCAUCGUGUACGGGUUCUCCUCGCUUCAAGCGUAUAAACCCAGCAUGCCAUUCGAUGUGAACAUCACCGGCAACUGUGUUCCAUGCAAAAACAUCAAAUUGCUGCAGGGGAUAUUUGGUGUGUUGCGGAAGACCUAUUCUCACGUCGAGUUUACUCUAGGGGGUGACCCACCCAUUAGGGUAUUGGUUAGCAUCCCGACGGGACUUCGCUCCUCCGAAGUGACCUCGGACACCUCGGAGGACGAGUUUGACGUAGAGGAGGUCGUCCAUUACGAUUACCGAAAGUACUUCCUCGACACAAUUCUGGGCCCAGCUAUCCUCAAGUUGGAUUCAGACUGUCGUAGUAUAAGGAAGGGGUCCGGCAAUCCAUUCACAAGUAAGUGGCACCUCCACCCCGCCGACUGGCCGAAGUUGGCAUUAGAGGUGGAGCGGUUGACCACCGAAGCCGGCACGUUUGGCCUUUUUUUGUUUUAUGUGGCGCUCCAUGGUUUGCAGCUGCCACAGGAUGCUGCCCUUAACAUUAUUGGCCGGUACAUUGACCCUUACCGCGCCACUAUCGUUAUUGUUCAAUGCUAUUUUGCCGUUGAAUUUACGAUGAGGUCGUCGGUGAAGGCCGUGCUAGUGGACCGUCGUGUAGCCCAGGCGUUGCUCAGUGGGGUCAAAUUUUACCCUGGUCUGGGGGUGUACGACUAUGGGUAUUUUACAGCCGAUCGAGUUGGUCUACCCCAUCAACACCUUCUCCCCAUGUGCCGGUACGUGCAGGCUUACAACCCGGCCGUACACAUCCUUCGCCGUGGCCUGAGUGAUACGUCCGUGUUCACGUGGCUGUUGUUGGGCGGUGAUAGUUGUCGGGAAAGCUCAAUGGCUUCCCUACGGCCUAUCGGCAAUUGUGCCGCCCAAUUCAUCGCCGCGUUCAGGGCGUUUCUGCGGGACGCCGUGCGGGGCUCGGGCGUUCGUUUCGAGUGUGUGGUCAGUGGUGACACGUCGUGUGCGGUGUUGUCGCUGAUGGCCACAUACGGAACUCGGAUGUCCGAGUUUUGUCUUACAAAUGGGUUGCUUGUGUGUUCUACCAAGGAUUGGCCUUACCAUGUCAAAUCCUUGAUGUUGGACACACUGAGUCGGCUCGUGGACUUGGUGGAGGAAUUUCAGACGGCCCACUUCCACAAUCGUUUGCUGGCGAGCGUCUUUGACUGCGAGAUGAUGCUCCGGUUCUUUGCGUUUGGUGAGGCACGGGACCUGGACUAUAAUAGAGUGUCUAUUAUAUUCCCAUGUCGCCAAAUAUUCCCGGUGGCAGGAGGAAGAGUCGGCGGGACGACGAUGGUUUCCUCCGGUAUGAUCCCUCACUGGCCGGAGAUUUCAACCGACUAUUGCCGUGUCAGAUUUUCGGUCAUGUACCAGUUGGAUCGUUCGUUAGGGUGAUACUGGCCGAAAUUUUUUCGUCGGUCACCGUCGACUUGUUGUGUUGUACAGCCGAAGACGCAGCAGAAUGGUGGCUGACUACCGCUGCCAGACUGGUGAACGUUGAAUGCGGGAUGAGUGCACCUGCAUCAUCCGCUACGGCGUUCACCAUAAAGCGGCUGGUAAUCGAGUACGGUAAAC